CUACAUUAUCAUGCUCCUCACACAUCGUCUAUCUAUUAGUAUAGCUACUCACUUCAUUACAUUCAUGAUUUGAUUUGUAACACAUUCACUUCUUACCUAAGCCAGAUACAACAAUGUCUUCUACUUUUUCACCUUCCACAAUAACAAGAGCAAGAAAUUUGAUUGCCACAGUUUUUGUUGUUAGCCUCUUAACUAAUUGCUCUUACGCAAAGCAGCAUCUCACCACCCAUUUCUACUCUAAAACAUGUCCCAAGUUGUUUAGUACUGUACACCAAAUUGUUCAAUCUGUUGUGCACAAGGAAAAUCGUAUGGGUGCUUCGCUCCUUCGCCUCCAUUUCCAUGAUUGCUUCGUACAGGGAUGCGAUGGAUCCAUUCUUUUAGAUGACACAGCCUCAUUUAAAGGAGAAAAAGGUGCUCAUGUUAACAAGAAUUCAGUUAGGGGGUUCGAAAUAAUUGAUGAAAUCAAAUCGGCAGUGGAGAAAGUGUGCCCCGGUGUGGUGUCUUGUGCAGAUAUUAUUGCCAUUGCUGCUCGUGACUCUGUCGUUCAAUUGGGAUGCAAAAUGUGGAAUGUCAAACUAGGUAGGAGAGACUCCCGAACAGCAAACUUAUAUGCAGCGAACAAUGGUGCUAUCCCAUCUCACUCCUCCAACCUUAGCGCCCUAAUCUCAGCUUUCAGCAAAGUGGGGCUUUCCUCCAAGGAUUUGGUUGCAUUAUCAGGGGCACAUACACUUGGAAGCGCAAGGUGUGCAAACUUUAGGAGUCGGAUUUACAAUGACAAGAGUAUGAACAGAAACUUAGCCAUUACCAGACAAAAGACAUGCCCAAAGAACCUCGGAUCUGGGGAGAACAACUUGGCUCCUCUUGACCUUCAUACUCCUCAUGUCUUCGACAACAAAUACUACACUAACCUCAUCAACAAGGAGGGACUUCUUUACACUUGCAAUGAGCUCUACACUGGUGGAUCCACCAAUUCGCUGGUUGAAGAAUACAGCCAAAAUGAGACAAAGUUCCAAUCUGAUUUUAUUGCAGCAAUGAUCAAGAUGGGAAAUAUUAAUGUCCUCACCGGAUCCAAGGGUGAGGUCAGGAAGAAUUGCAGACUCACUAAUUACAAGUGACAAUUUAUUCUCACAUGUUAGUGAAGUUUAAAAUUAUGGGAAAUUACUUCUGAAAUUAUACCGUUGCUUUAGAUUGAGAUUAUAUUGAAGUUCCAUGAACAUUUCCCUCCCAUUUCCCAUCUAUAAGAUUAUCUCUUUUAUUA